UUAUUAGCUACAAUGGUAAGAACUGUGUUGUAUGCCGUAAUCUGUAAUCAGUUGUCUACUUACGUCGAUUGUGUUCUAAUACUUUAGUGCAUGCCUAAAUUUCAUUACAAUAAACUGAAAUUUUCGCGGAUGUGGCAGAAUUGUCUGUAAAUGUAGAACGUGAUUCUAACAACAAAAUGUUAUAAACUGAAAUGGAUAUUUAUGUGAAAAUAAUAAUAAUUAAAUUUUACAACGGAUUUAUAACUAGAUAUUCAACGAAAAUAAUCCAUAUUGUACAUAUUCGUAAUCAAAUCCAAGACGGAGUUCUUAAAGGGGGGCUCAUGCAGCAUGCCGGGCAACAGUUUGGACAGGGAAUUGUUCCCUCCCAUUCCCAGUAUUCCCCACCAGAGCCAACAGUAUCUUCGUCAAACAGCGUCACAAGUUCCCUUAGACUAUGGCGUAAAAAAGAUUCAGGUGAUAAGAAGAGCGCCAUUGAGGCUCCGACAACAUCGGCAGGAGGCGAGACUCACGUAGCUAGGGUUGCGCCCCAAACACAUUAUCAAUCUUUUCCUCCGAAUGAUGUUUGCAGAUACACUAAUUCGUUCCCAAAAGAUUGCAGCCCUGUUUAUAAACAACCGACUCCACCGGUUCCCGUUAAAUAUUCAGAAAUAGUGGAGCCUUGUCCUCUUCAGAAAAUCGACCAGUUGUCCCAAGCAGUUCAAAAACAAAAAGAUAAAGACUGCAUCGAAAUGGCCAACAAUCCCCAGCUUACCAUGAAACCCUAUCCAGACCAUUACGGUCUCAAGCAACACUAUCCGCCUCCUCCAGACGCUUCGUUGAAACAACAGUACCCCGAAACCCUCAACAGAUCCUACAUGGACGGUGUAAAACAGCCGUUCGUCGAACCUCCCCUUAAGUUUCAAUAUUCCGAAAACUUGAAGCAGUCUUAUCACGAAUCGCUAAAACAUCCCUUUUCGGAACAACUCAAAGAGUCUUACCUCGACCCCAACAUUCCUUCUCAGUAUAUUCCUAAAGACACGCAGCUUCACCCGAUCCAUAAAGAACCCCAGUUGUAUUCCUAUGUACCAAAAGAGGCCGCUUUGCAACAGUAUAUAUCAAAGUACAGCAUUCCAUACUCGAGACCCUACACGGUCGAGCAGAAUAACUAUUUGGCUCAUCUUAAUAAGAUAAAUCCGCGCAUGGCUCAAUCUAUAAUAAGCGAUCCCCAUCUAAGGGAGACAGCUCAAGUUCCUCUAUAUCACAAUGCUGACCAUGUAAGGCCCUAUGCUCCGAUGCAGAGAAUGUAUAAUCACCAACCGCCACCCCCCAUGACGUCGAAUCAUCCGUAUCCUCCCCAUGUUAACAGGAACCUCCCGCAACACCCCUACAGUUACCAGCAGUCUUAUAAUAUGAACGUAAAACAAAACCCGGAUUCUUAUCGUGUACCUUAUCAGCCGAGUAUGCCGAAAUAUAUGACUCCUUCGGAACAACCUUUGCGUAAUUGUUCGCCUAGGAGGCCGUUCAAUGAUAACGUCGCCGUGCAAAUGAAUUAUCCGCCAAUGGCGCCAAAGAUUUCGUCACCUAUGUAUCCGCCGUGUAGUCAGUUGGAAUAUGCUCAGCAUUAUCAGCACAGGAGAGAACAAAUUCCUGAUUUUUACUCUCCUGUUGGCGCCUACAAAUCGUCGUUCAUAAGUCAGAGUCCGCUCGCGGCUGAAAUGACCGGGGACAGUACUAAUACGAAGUCAAACGCCUUAAAACAGUUCCUGGAGAGUUGGGUUGAUGAAGAUAUGUCGGGUCUCCCCGAUGUCGUGGUGUCUAGUAAUUUGGAGCAAGAUAAAUUUUCUAUUAAAGCUCCGAUAAAAAGGGACGAGACGAACGAACCGCCUUUAUACAUUCUGGAUACGACCGAAAUAUCGUCUGAAAAUUUACCCCAAUACAUGCAUCUUCAACAAUUCGAAAAGUUACCGGAAAAUAUCAAAGGAUAUUAUCACAUCAACAAAGAUGCUCUCGGAACGGAGAGAGCAAUGGUCCACAACGGAUACGUAGCCAAUGAUAAAUCGUCAACAACCCAGGAGUAUAAUCAGAAAAGUCAGAUUUCUCAAGGGAGCGACACAAGGUACGUAAGUGAGCAAGUGAAAGCGAUAGGUAUUCAGAAUAGAAACGAAUUCGACGGUCAUCCGACAACCCAGAACCGUUCGCAUGAAAAUAACGACAAAGUGAUUCAACUUCACAUCACUGACAACGGUCAAAUGUCCCAUGAAACGCAAUCUGUCCGUUCGAUAAGUGAUUUCGGAUCUAUGACUGAUUCAACGGUAGACAAGGUGAUCCAGGUCCAUAUUCGGGAAACACAGCCGCUCCAACAAAACGUCGUAUUGGUCAAGCCACAUUCAAAUAACAGUUAUUCCAAUGAUGAAUCUACUCCCGAAGCAUUGGUUGAAAACUAUACCUCGGAGCGGCUGGUCAGUGAAGAAAAUUCUUCGAGGAAUGUCAACAAUUCGGCUUGCAUGUACAGCAAUAAUUCAGACGCGCCUCAAAAAUUCAGAUCUGGCGUAAACGUUUUACAGCACAUUGUUUUGUCUCCUACCGCUGCUCAGCCACAGAACGACCCAGAAUGUAUUACCGAGGAAUCCAGUGCAGCUCCUGAAAGUAUAACUCAUGUUUUGGAGGAUCAACUACAAGAUAUAGAAAAUUCUCGUACCGUUGAUACUAAAUCGAAUGACUACGGUGAAAGUAAACAGUUAGAAACUGAGAAUCCCAAAACUGUGGAAGAAAUUGAUAAAUCCAAUCCCGAAACUACGAUAAAAGAAGAAACGAUCGAUACCGAAAUAAAAACGGAAACUACUACAGACAACAAAACAUUUUCUGACGACUCCACUCAGGCAAACAGUGAUGAAGUGUCUAUAGUCGCCAAAGAAACUAAUUCCGAAAAACAAAACUCACCUAAUUCGCCAAAUAAAAAGCAAGUUCACUCCGUUAUAGUUUCUGCUUAUCAUGAUUUAGUCGCCAAAGAAACGAGUACUGAAUUUGUGGAAUCGGUCGUAAAGGAAGAACCCGAAAAUGCGGGAGUGACUCCAGAAGAAGCCACCACAAAAGUCGUUGAUAACUCGCAUGAAGAAACAGUUACUACUCUUCACGUAAAAGAUGAAGAAACCGAAUGCAUUGCUACUAGUGUUCAUCCCGAACAACCUGAAAUAAAGACUGAGGAACAAGAACCAGCAGCAGAGUUAAUGGAAACAAUUCGUUCAACUGGGGAGAUCGUUCCUGAUCGUGAAACUGUAUCGGAAAACAACGAGAAGAAUACAGCUACAGAGGAGGUGCUUUCCAGUGAAGCAAAUUCUAACGAGCCGGUGUCAAAACAAGACCAAAAUGAAGCAACAUCAGAAAUUACAAAUUCCCAUCUUGGCAGUUCUCUUAAAGAUGAAAACGAAAGUAAUGAAGAACGAAAUUGUGAACCGGAAAAAUUCGUAUCAAACAGAGCAACAUCUGAAGAUGCCUCUUUGAUUGAAAACGUAGAAAGUGUAGAUAAAGAUAAUUUGGAGGAAUUGGAGAACGCUGAAAUAUUGAGUCAGCUUGAAGAAUGGAUCGACGGUAGGAAUGAACCAGGAAAUACUAAUUCUAGACUUAUAAGUGACAAUCACCAAAAUAGCAAAGAAACCAAUAACACACUUGAUAUUCAAUCAGAAGAAGAAAAAGUAGACAUGGAAUGUGAAAUAAGUUCCAAAGGGGAUGACGAUAAAAUUGUGGAAUCCGAAGUAUCACCCACGAAUACACAAAGUUUAAAUGAUAAUCCUGAGCAAAAUUCGUCUUGUUCAGAUGAGACAAUGGCAGAGAGUGAGUAUAGAAAGGCUUAUAAAAUAGAAGAAAGCAAUGUUUUACUCCAAAUUGGAGACGAUCUCAUAGAAAUAAACGUUAGCGAGAGAGACGGCAAAAAAUUGAUCAGCGUUAAAAGUCUCACCGACGCAGUCAUAAACAAUGGGUCGGUUAAUGACAAGAAUGACGUCAAAGAAACUGAAGUAUCUGUUACCCAAAUCGAAGAAGAAAUCAUUAAGGAAACUGAUCAGGAAGAAAUAGUAAAUUAUUCUGAAGAAGUUUUGAGUUGUAUUGAAGAAAACUGUGACGAUAAUCAUAAUGUUGACGGUAAUGAAGAAAACGGUCGUCAAAAUGAAGACAUGGACGGUAGAAAAGAGCCUAAUGACGAAACCAAUUUGAAAGAAGAUCUACCACCACAAGAAGAAGUUGUUGAAACUAGUCUUAUAAACCAAAACACCGGUGAUGACUCGAUAUCGGUUAGUGAAGUAAAUGCCAAUGACCCACAUCUGGGAAUCAAUGAUGGCAUUAAUGACAUAGAAUGUAAUGAGAAAGAAGAAGUAACUUCAUCGCAGUACAUCAACAAAAUUAAUGUUACGGAUUCUGAACAAGUUUCUUCCCAUGCUCAUCUUGAUUCUACCAAGUGCUCAACUGAAGAAAAAAUAACCGACAAUAAAGAUGCUACAAAUUCUGAAGAAAAUGUUGAACUUCAGACACCUGUUAAUAACUGCGAAAGAAUCGUUGAAGAAUUCGAGGAAGCGGACAUUUCAAAAUCAACUGAUCCUGAACUAAAUCUAAAUAUGAUCGAAACAGAUUCUUCAAAAGCAAAAUUGUCUGACAAUGCAAUAGAUGACAAUUUAAAUAGCAGAUUUUGUAUCACUUCCAAAAUUACCGAUACCAAAACCGACGAUGACGAUACAACCGCGUUACCGAAUGACCAGAUCCAAAAUAGUUUAAAAAUAGUGUUGAAGAAAUACAAAGUAGAAAACAAGGAAGAGAAAGAUAAGACUGGUGUAGGGAAUGUUCGUAAAACCAAAGGGGAAAAGAAAGCGUAUGAAGACAGUUACGAAGAGAAAGCUCAUAAGAAAACUAAAGAAAGGGAAACUAACGAUAAACAUGCGAAAAGAUGUCAUAAUUCAAACGAGAAACGCAGCUACUCGAAAGAACCCAAAGUUUAUGCAGAAAAUGUAUCCCUAAAGACUUCCUAUUUGAAGCAGCAUUCAAUGAGAAAGAAAUCCGUUGACACUAAAGGUCACAAUAAGUUAAAAGAAAAUAAAGAAAGAAAGCUGAAAAGCGGGGGCGACGGUGCAAUAUCAAAGAAAAUUCAAUCCAACGAAAAGAAGGACGUUGAUAAAAAACACGCUCGUUCUCAUCAAAAACGCCAAGUAAAAUCGGAAAACAAAAUCAUCCAUGACACCUCCACACCUUCAAAAGUUUCAUCAAAGGAACAACCAAUUAUCUUAGGUUUAGAUUCUGUGAAGGAUUCUACUAAUGUGAUUUCGCCAAUUAUCCCUAAAACGUCUACGGAUUCAGAGAAAAUUCCAAAUCAGCCAUUGAAACUGGAAGCACAAACAUUUCCCAAAAGGUCUGCGAUAAUAAAACCACCGAGACGAAGUUUUAAUAAACAACUAUCCGAAGAUUUACUCUCACAUCAAGUGUCGAAGAAGAAGGAAGAAAUCAACUUUGAACUCAUACAUAACGAAAUUGUUAUAGAUCACGAAUUCAAACUAUGUCCGAAGCCUGUGCCGAUUACAGGAAGUCCAAAGGACGACUCCAGUAAACAUGUCCAGGAACACCGCAUCACUUCUUCAACGUCUCACGACACUGAAAAACACGACGAAGAGGAUUGUGGGGGCGCCAACAAAAGACGAUUAAGUUUGGAAGAGUACAAUCGAAGAAAGCGCAAGAGGCUGGAGGUCGAAAUUUCCAAAGUCGAUUCUUCACCCAAAGAUGCGGACAGCGCAAGUGUAGCUAUAGAAACCCGCAGCAAUCUCACAGACAACCUGUUACUGAACAUCACCAAUAGUAAAAAGCAAAAAGAUGAAAAAUUUGUGAACGAAAUUCCUGCAACUACAGCCAGUUCGAAACCUGAAAACCUCGAACGAAUUUCGUCAGAGGUUUCGGUUCAAGAAAACGACGUUUCGAUCCCUGUUUCAUCAACAGAGCCUGAAGAGAUUCAUUCAGAAGCUACAGAGAAAAUUACAUCACCAAACAAAUUCGUCAGUACCUCGGCGCCAAAACAAUACCACAACAACCACCAGUCGAAAUGGGUCAGUCAAUUCCGCUCCAAGACCAUCGAACCCGUGAAUACCGAAAUGGUGAAAGAGUAUGAAGUCUUGAUGCAGCGAUUCUUGAAACAAGAACAAUUAAGCGUAGACGAACUGAAGAAGGUCAAACAAAUAAUCAGAUACAAACGGUGGCUCCAGCAGCAAAAAUCGAAAGUGGGAAUAUUCCCGAUAACAUCUAAUUUUGAGCCGCCCGUUGCUGUCAACGGCGGCAGUAUUCCAAGGAGGACUGAAACAGCUCAGACCUCCGAGAACUCGUUGGAUAUUAACGCCAACGAACACUUGCAUUUAAACGACUGUGAUCAUACCAAAUCCAAAGAUAUCGAAAACCAAAAGACUUACAAAGUGUUCGAAAGAUCGACAGUUCAUCCGCGUCCGACCGAGCCGAACGACUUCCGCGAUAAACGUCGAAAUCGCAAAAGGUUUCGUAACCUUUAUACCGAAGAUGAUUCCGAUUGUGACGAAAUCGAGUGCGCGAGGAGUGACGCCAAAAAGGCGAAUGUCGAAAACGUGAAGACGAACGACUAUUCGGUCCAUCAAAGUGACUCUCAACGUGCUUUAAAGCUGGUCUUUAAGAGAAGCGUCAGCAACUCGAGUCUGCAACCGGUCGUUUGGUUGGAAAGAUCGGAUUCGCUGGACCAACUGGCUAAAAACUAUUCUUGAACAUUUUGUUUCAGGUUUUUAUUACGUACAUAUAUCUAUGUACCUACCUAAUAUUUGUGAAAUUACAGGGUUUUUGUUUUCUUCAGGAUUAUUGCAAGAACAAGCACAUAUGGUGUGAUCUGACUGCGUAUUAUUACAUACACGUCUUUUAAAGUCUCGAAACCAAAAGAGUAACAAAACAAGACUAAUAAACCAUUUUGAAAUUGUUA